AUGGCGGACGCUCCGCCCAUUGUCUUCAUCGCCAGGCAUGGCGCUCGUCUUGAUGCGGCCGACAAGGACUGGCAUUUGACCUCUCCUACUCCUUAUGACCCCCCUCUGUCGUACGGUGGGUGGAUGCAGGCGCGGGCGCUUGGUCUCCGCAUUGCCAGUCUCUUACAAGACUCCGAGUUCACAGGCAAGGAACCAGAGGCUAACUCUGGCCCCUUUUCGGCCUCGGAUACUCCUACAGCAUUGCAACCAACCCCUGCAUCCUCGGACUCGUCCCCCCGAUACAACGUUAUCGUCCACACGUCUCCAUACCUGCGAUGUUUACAAACGGCGAUCGGCGUGAGUGCAGGCCUCAGUCACUCCCGUCCGGGUGGUGAAACGUCUGAGUCGGUCGGAUCACCGCCCGGGUCUCAGCCUCACGCAGGAGAGGCUGGGAGUCAGGAUAUCCGACCGCUUCUGCGCGUCGACGCGUUCCUGGGCGAGUGGUUGUCGCCUGAUUACUUUGACCAGAUUGUCCCGCCACCCGCAUCGGACAGGAUGGUUGCCUCGGCCAAAGCUGAGCUACUUCGUCGUGCCGAGGGAAUUCCGAUGGUGAGAGAAAUAAGAUCUUCUUCGGGCCACUUCCCUGGGGGAUGGGGCAGUCAGUCUCACCCAGCAUCGCCAAAUGAGGAUGAAGACCGCCGGCUACCCUCACGCGGCUCGCCAGCUGCCACCCCUCCUGGCCAGCAACCUCAGCGACAACGGGCCAGCACCUACGAUACUCUUCAGGGCCCCGCUCCGACCAACGGUGCCCCUCUAGCCUUGGGCCGCUUGAACACCGACCUCCCCUCCGCUGUAGAUGCGGCUUACGUGCCCCCGACUCCCGGGUAUGCAGUUUCCCCCUCGGAUCCCAUCCCAGCCGGCUAUGUGGCGCAUGCACGGGACGCUUGUACCAGGAUCGACUACCAAUGGGACAGCAUGCGAACACCGUUCUGGGGCACGGGCGGCGAGUACGGCGAGGAGUGGAGCAGCAUGCAUGAGAGGAUACACACAGGGUUCCAACAUAUGGUGGAUUAUUACCGCCAACCAGGGAGUAAUGCCAGCGACCGAUCCAGGGCCAUGUCUAAUGGCUCACUGCGCAAGGAAAAUCCUGCCCAGACCGUGCUUAUUAUCAUCACCCACGGAGCGGAUUGUAACGCUCUGAUUGGCUCCCUCGCUGGGCGUUCAGUACUCCUGGACAUCGGUACUGCGUCCCUCACCAUGGCAGUGCGACGGGGCCGCGUGAGGAAGAAGAGCACGACCCCAGACUCCGAUCGCACGGCCAUCUCUCCUACCAGUUCCUCCCCCUCCUCGCCCAGUAGUCAGGGGGAUCGAUCGGUCUCCCAUGAGUACUCUUUACAACUCAUCGCCUCAAGUGACCACCUGCGUGCGGGGGUUAACCCCUCUCAGCUCGCUUCGCUGUCCUCUCCCUCGGCUCCACAACCACUCCCGCCGCCUUCCAUCCCGACCUAUCGCAAUCGCCUCGGCUCGCGUCCAUCAGCAUCGAUCUUGCAAGGUUCCUUCUUGAUCGAUCCCACCCCGAAGACGGGGCCAAGUUCUCGCAGUUGGUCCAUGAAUUCUCGUCCAUCCCCUACCACGAUGGGUUCACGAGGAGCAUCGGGCCUUUGGGGCUCUAUCUCGUCCCCCACCGAGGAAGCUGAUGAAGAUGCCGAGGACGACUUUGUCCCGAAUUUUGGAGGACCACGACCCGUGAGCCGCGACUCGUCGCCGUCCGAUAUUAUUGUUGACCGUUCGGGAUGGACGAAACAAUUACCCCAGCGUACACUCUCUCAGCGUGGGCUGUGGGGCAGUGCGCCGUCCUUGGAGGAUCGCGAUGCGGCUUCGAGACGGCGAUGGACUGUGACGGAGCAGAAACUGUGA